GUCUCUCCCUUCCCUAUUUUGUAAAUUGAUAUCGCCAUCUGCAAUUCUAACCUUUGCGAGCAUAUAGGGAUCCAAUGCAAAUGUUGCGCAUUGGUCAGACAAAAGUCCAUUUAAAGGGGUUCUCUUACUCUUUUCGUGGCUAUGCCACGGUAAAGAAACCUUCUCAAACGAUUACUGAAAAGAUCGUCCAAAGGUUUGCGCAGAACCUUCCUGAGGGAAAGUUUGUUCGUUCCGGUGAUUAUGUGACAAUCAAACCAAAGCAUUGUAUGUCACACGAUAAUUCUUGGCCGGUCGCAUUGAAGUUUAUGGGUAUUGGUGCUGAAAGAGUAUUUGAUAAUCGUCAAGUAGUUUGUACUUUGGAUCACGAUGUCCAAAAUAUGAGUGAAGCGAAUCAGCGUAAGUACAGAAACAUUGAGGCUUUUGCGAAAGGGCAGGGUAUUGAUUUCUAUCCUGCUGGUCGAGGCAUUGGUCAUCAGAUUAUGGUUGAACAAGGAUACGCAAUGCCUGGUAGCUUAGCUGUCGCUAGUGAUUCACAUUCCAAUACCUACGGUGGCGUUGGUUGUUUAGGCACCCCUAUUGUUCGUACAGAUGCAGCUGCUAUUUGGGCUACAGGCCAAACUUGGUGGCAGAUUCCACCCAUUGCUCGUGUUAAUCUUGUUGGCCAAUUACCCAAGGGUUUAUCAGGGAAAGAUAUCAUUGUCUCUCUUUGUGGUGCUUUCAAUCAUGACGAAGUCUUAAACCAUGCCAUUGAGUUUUCUGGUGAGGGCCUAAGCAGUUUGGACAUUGACUCUCGUCUUACCAUUGCCAAUAUGACUACGGAGUGGGGGGCACUCUCUGGUUUGUUUCCUACUGACAAUAAGGUCUUUGAAUGGUACGAAAAUCGUCUCGCAUUUUUAGGCCUUAAUCAUCCAAGAGUCAACCGCAAAGCACUUGAUGAUAUGAAAUCCAAUCCAAUUAUCCCUGAUGAAGGCGCUUAUUAUGCUAAGUAUCUUACUUUGGACCUUGGCACUCUUUCUCCUGUCGUCUCUGGACCAAAUUCUGUAAAAGUUUACAAUUCCGCUGCCAAACUUGAAGGGGAAAAUAUUCCAAUAAAAAAGGCUUAUUUAGUUUCCUGUACGAAUGGCCGACUUUCCGAUAUACAUGAUGCUGCUGAAGUAGUUCGCGGCAAGAAGGUUGCUGAUGGUGUAGAAUUCUAUGUCGGUGCCGCAUCAAGUGAAGUGGAGGAGGCAGCCAAGAACAAUGGCGAUUGGCAAGUUCUUAUCGAUAGUGGCGCUCGUGCUCUCCCUGCUGGUUGCGGUCCUUGUAUCGGUCUAGGUACCGGAUUAUUAAAGGAAGGUGAAGUUGGAAUCAGUGCCACAAAUCGUAACUUUAAGGGUCGUAUGGGUAGCCGUGAGGCUUUAGCUUAUUUAGCUUCUCCUGCUGUUGUGGCUGCUUCUGCUAUUUCUGGAAAGAUUGUUGCUCCCGAAGGAUUUAAGGAUUCUGUUCAUCAAGUUUCUGCUAUUGAUAUCACUGAGAAAAUGAACACCGGCAGUAAUUCAAUGAAUGAGGCUGGUGUAUCUGAUUCUGAGACUGCCAUUAUUGAAGGUUUCCCUGCUUCUGUAUCCGGUGAAAUCGUAUUUUGUGAUGCUGACAACUUGAAUACUGAUGGCAUUUAUCCUGGUCGUUAUACCUAUAGAGAUGACAUAUCCAAAGAAGAGAUGGCUAAAGUUUGCAUGGAAAAUUACGAUGUCGAUUUUGGAAAGAAAACAAUGCCUAAUGAUAUCUUAGUAAGUGGUUUCAACUUUGGUUGUGGUUCUAGUCGUGAACAAGCAGCCACUGCUAUAUUAUCUCGAGGAAUUCCUCUCGUCGUCGGUGGAUCUUUUAGUGAUAUUUUUAAACGUAACUCUAUUAAUAAUGCCUUAUUGGCUGUUCAAUUGCCGGAGCUUAUUCAGAAACUUCGUACAGCUUUCGCAAAGAGUCCCAAAGAACUUACUCGCCGUACAGGUUGGCAUCUGAAUUGGGAUGUUCGUAAAAGCCUUGUUGAAAUCAGUACUGCUGAUGGAAAGAAACUAUCCUGGCGAAUUGGCGAGCUUGGUAACUCUGUACAAAGUCUUUUCGUUCGUGGAGGUCUUGAAGGCUGGGUUAAACAUGAAAUAUCUGAAUCCUCAUAAUUCUAAUAAUGGUCAUUUUGUUUUCUUGUUUCGUUUCUUAGACUUAACUUUCUAUAGAUGGUACACAUUCUUUCAUAUCUGAAAUGUUGCUUUUGGUUUUGGAUAUCAGGCUUUCUGUUAAUAAAUAAUGAAUGGUAUAGCAUUCUUUCUUUAUGUACAUAAGAGUUCGCAAAAUUAUUCCAGAAAUAUCAUCAACUUUUCAUUUGCAAACCAUUCUUGCUAAUGUAUAUCAAGGAUCUCAUCUUUGUUCGUACAUAUUUAUUUAGUUUUUUGUUUUUUUGAAAAAGUCUUAUCUUGCCCAGAUUCGUCUUCAGAAAAACUUUGAUAUAGAGGUUUUGGUUGUGUUUGCGUAUACAUUCUGGUAAACAUUGGUUCAGAUUCGGCAACAUCGGCAUACUUGAAUAAAGCCUCUCGAGGAUCCUCGUCUUUCAUAGCCGCUAGGGGAACGUCGCUGGUAUUAUUUUCUUCGACCAGGCGGCCAAGCUCAGGCUGUCGAGAGCGCUUGGGAUCUUUCCGGGCUGCAUUACGUUGGCGACGAGCAUUAAAGUAAUAGUUUGUUACUGAAUCGUUUGUUUCCUCAACCAACCCAAAGUCAUUGACUCCUCCGACAGAGCCGCUUAAAGCAUUAAUAUGUACCGUAUUUUGUAAAUCAUCAUCGACAUGCUUUACUUUUGGUGGUUUAGAAGCAGAAUCUUUAAUACCCCGAACAGACUCAGAUGCAGAAAAUAAAAUAAUAGAGUCUCCCAUAGACAUCCCAAUACCAAUCUGGUUUAUUUUUUCGUUCCAAGAUACAGCAGUAAUUGAAU